AUGUUUCAACUCAGAUCUAUAUUUCUAAUCGCCCUGUCAUGCGCCCACUUAGUAUCCUCACACCCUUUGCCGAGCCGAGUAAACUAUGACAAAGCGGAAAACUCACAUUGGGUGAAUAUAUGGACUACUAUGCCCCAGCUGGUCGAGCCCGCUAACCUACCCCCAAUUCCAUAUAAUGGAUCCACCGCGGUCUUCGGCAAUACUACCAUUCGCCAAACGCUUCAGGUUUCGUUAGCUGCACAGGAGAUCCGCAUUCGACUGUCUAAUGCAUUUGGGCCGAAUGAGCUCAAGAUCACCAAUGUGACUAUCGGCCUACCAGAGAGACAGCGGGUGGGAGUCAGUGGUCUACAGACAGAGACGUUGAAAACUGUGUCCUUCAAUGGUAGUCCAGAUGUGGACAUCCCGAACGGUGGGCUGGCUGUGUCCGACCCAAUAAAGUUCCCUGUCAAGGCCCAAUCCGCUCUCAUGAUCAACAUGUAUCUCGCAGAGGGACAGCACGGCUUCGCUAUUACUGGCCACCCUGGAAGUAGAACGACUUCAUACUUGGCUUUUGGGGAUUGGACUGGCGGAAAGAACCUCACCGACUCAUCUGUCCAAAGCACAGAUCAUUGGUACUUCAUCAGCGGAGUCGAGGCUCGGCUACCCUCUGAAUCCAGUGGGUUCGUGAUCAUUGGCGACAGUAUCACCGAUGGACGAGGAAGCACUACAAAUGGCAAUGAUCGUUGGCCGGAUUUGUUGCUGGCAAGAAUGCAAAAGCAUAAGCCCACCUCAAAUAUCGCCAUUCUCAACCAGGCCGCUGGCGGAAAUCGAAUUCUGCAAGAUGGCCUAGGUCCAAAUGUGAUCAGCCGUCUUGACAGGGACGUCCUGGCACAACCUGGAGUGCGAUAUGCGAUGAUCUUCGAAGGCGUCAAUGAUAUUGGCGCCGCUGAUAGUGAUGCAGCUACACAGGCGGAGAUUGGGAAUAAACUAGUCGCGGGGUAUAAACAGAUCGCGACACGUGUGCAUGCCCUGGGAAUUCCGUUAUUUGGCGCUACUAUCACACCGUUCGGCUCGCCGGCGAGCUCCGACUAUGUGCAGCCUUACUCAAGUCCCGAGCGGGAGAGGACUCGUCAACAUAUUAAUAAAUUCAUCCGGCAAAGUGGCGUAUUUGAUGCGGUACUGGACUUUGAUCAGGUGUUGAGGGAUCCGGAGGUGCCAUCUCAGCUGCUGGAAACGUAUAACUCAGGGGACCAUCUUCAUCCUAGUGUGGCCGGGUAUCAAGCAUUGGCUGAUUAUUUCCCUCUCGGGCUAUUCGAGUGA